AUGCUGACGGCUGGGCUGACGCAGGCGCCCCCCUCACCACACGACGCAGCCUACCCGCAGCCAGCCUACCCGCAGUCGGCGAGCUCGCAGUUGGGCUACCCGCAGCCGGGCUGCCCGCAGCCGGCCUACCCGCAGUCGGCCUACCCGCAGUCGGCCAACGGGUCCCAGCAGGGCUUGUCGCUGCCCGUGCCUGGCUCGUUGGUGAGCUUCGACCAGGCGGGCAGGCCGGUCGGCUCCGCGCAGCCCUGCGGGGGCGCGCCGGUGGGCCCGUACGCACAGUUCCCGCAGCACGGGGGCAGCAGCGGCGCGGCCAGGUGCAUAGUGAAGAUGCCGCGGCCCCUGCGCGAGGACGGGACCGCGUUCGUGGGCGGCAUUCCCAAGCGCAGUGCCACGUUCGGCUGGGCGGAGCUGUGUGCGACGCCGGACCCGGAAGCUUCGCUGGCACCUUCCCCGCAGGUGGCGCAGAAGACUUGGUGUAAUUCCUACAUGUACUUCCCAGCUAAACACAGCCACACGGAGCGGCAAUUCCUGGAGCGCUUCGUGCAGGGCCCAAACGGAGAGUGGCUCGACGUUGUGAAGGCACGGAGGAUGGCUGAAUAUUACGAGGAGCAACGCCUGAAGGCGAUGAAGGAGCAGAUGGAGCGCGAGUUAAUCAUGUCUGGUUCAGUAAUGCAGAACACGCACUUCACGGACGCCUACUCGGGCGAGCGUUUGGUCGCUUGUGGCGGGGAGCUCUUGCCCAGGCAGCAGCUGCUGGACGAGUUCGACAUCCACGACCGCGCCUACGAGUUCAAGCAGCAGCUGCAGGAUGCGAAGAGCGAGUUCGACUUUGACAACUUGCGGGUGCCUUGGCCUUUCGGGCGCCCGCACCGCAACAAGAGGAUCUCGCAGCACACUUACGACUGGUUCGACCGCGCCAACCCAUACAUCUCAUGCGACCGCGACGUGGAGAUCAUUGAAACCGCUUCCACAUACGUUGACAGGGAACACCACGAGAGGUGGGGCAGUGGCCAGCGGAUGUACACGGAGGGGCCGGCGGCUGUGCAGCGCCUCGACUUGUGA